UAAUUAUUUACAACCUCUUGGUGCAGUAUUCAUUGAAAAGAUACUAAAUAUGGACGAAGUACGUAAACGAAGAGAUAAAAGCCCGCAAAAUGGAGACAUAGUGAAUUUAUCAGCUAACCAAGAGGAUGAAACAAUAUCAGAAACUCCAACAAAAAACCUGAAGUACUAUUUUAACAGAUUUAGGUAUUACCAUUACUGUUUAGCAGAGAAACUGGAUACCAUAAUUGGAGUUGUGUGUCUCACCAUAAUAAAAAUAUAUUUUUCCUUGAUGGGUUACGAACAGUCUGCCUUGGAAGACAUUGAAGCACCAGAUUAAAAAUG